AUGGCAACUUACACUGAGCACUUCAUUCAGCGCACAGUUAAAGAUCUAAUCGACUUCCAUGGAAUAGAAGAAUUGAGAAGCAAAGGGCUGGACCAGUAUGCAUAUAAGUGGGACAGGACUCACUCUGCUUAUCAGCUGCAAGAGACUUAUAAAAAUUUAGAAAAUGGUGAAGAAAUGAAUGGUGAGCAAGACAAUGUAUCAAUAGCCGGAAGAAUUGUGGCUUGUCGAACAUUUGGAAAGCUUGCAUUUCUCACUCUAAGAGGUAUCCCCACCUCAGCUUUCUGUCCUUACAAUGAUCUUGCCAUCUCUUUAAUCCUCACUCAAGUUGUUCAAUGUUUGAAACAGUUUUAUUGUGAAAAGGUGAGAUUUUUAAGUGAUCAGUUUGACGAGCUUAAGAAUCUUGUUGAUAUUGGUGACAUACAUGGUGCAAGUGGCUCAAUUAAGCGAAAUGAGAAAGGGGAGAUUUCUGUCUAUGUGAACUCUUUUGCAAUUCUUACAAAAUCUCUACUGCCCUUGCCAGACAAAUAUCAUGGUCUAACUCAUGUGGAUAAGCGUUACCGGCAAUGGUACAUUGAUAUGAUUUCCAAUCCUGAAGUAGCUGACGUAUUUCGGAAGAGAGCAAAGAUUGUAUUAGAGUUAUGCAAGACAAUGGAAUCUUUUGGAUUUCUCGAAGUUGAAACUCCAGUUCUACAGGUUGGAGGGUUUGAAAAAGUUUAUGAGAUUGGUCGAAUAUUCAGAAAUGAAGGGAUUUCAAAUCGUCACAAUCCAUAA